UACUACUCACAAUCAAUAAUGGCGGAGAUUGUUAGUUCUGCGGCUUCUGCCAUUGUUGAGGAAGCAGUUAGCCUAGUCUUUUCUGGUAUUACCACCACAACCAGGAAAGAUGAGGACAAAUCAGAUCAAGCAGCAGCAGAAGACGGCCUGGAGAGGCUGGAGAUGGCGCGCAUAAAAAUGGAGGCCGCGCUAGAGACGUCCGACAAGUGGCAAAUCACCGACUUGUCGCUGCUCCACUGGCGGAAGAAACUGAAGAGCGCUGCCCAGGACUGCGACCAUGCAGUACGGAGAAGCAAGCAACUCUCUCAGGAUGAAGAGGAGAGGGAACAGUUGUAUCGCAGCCUCUGUUAGAAAAUUUGAGAGGCUGGCGGACGGUGCCGGCGAAUUCAUGAGGUUUGUGCAGCUCCGCGAAAUACGUCGACAACAUCUGUUCUUCGACCCUCUCGUCCGACAUAUUUUUGCAGGCAAAUCAUUGUUGUAUCAAGUGUUGGAUUCGAGAAGUCGGCACCGCUUAUACAUACAACCCAUGGAUUAUGAAGAGCGUGGGCUAGAAGCCAUGUUGUCCUUUGUGUACGAAGAUUGCAUGGUGCCCGAGAACAACUUUCGCUUCGGGUUCAUGAUUCGUUUCUCAGAGAGUACAGACAUAAUCGGAACUGCAGUCAAGUGCUUACAACUAGUAACACCUCACUUCAAAUCCACAGCCGAUGUGAUCAUUAAGGAGAUAACCCGCUUGCCCACCCAAGAUUUCUCAUGUGUGUCACCAAAGGUUGCGAAUGCCAACAUGGACAAUUGGAAUCCAAGGUUGUGGGAAGAGGUCCGCAAAACUUUGAACGGUUGGUUUCGUCCAGAUCCAUUAUGCUGUCAAGGAUACGAGCACAAAGGCAAUGUACUACCUUCUUGUGGUGGCACCGAUGCCACAGGCAGCAGUAGUGAUAGUGGAAGAAAAUUGAGGCUUUCAAGCAUAUUUCCAGAACCAGUCUAUCAAGUGUUUUUGCAGCAUCACAUCUCACUAUCUGAGUAUAAUAACUUGGUGCCCGUGUCAUCAACCACGACUUCCACUGGCUAUAUUGACACGUCUGCUCUUGUGAAGAAUUUCCCCCCUUUGAAGCUCGGAAUUCUAUUCUUGCCUCAUGACUCUUGGGAGAUGGACCUCAAAUCUGCAAGUGAGGCCGACUAUGCGAUAGAGGCGAUUGACGGAGAGAAGCAACAACAUCUUACACAUAUCAAUGUUCAUCCGGGCCAACUCGAUGAGAUGCUUCUGCCCAAGGCAACGGAUUAUCUUUAUCAUAAUGCUGAGGCUACCACAUACGAGAUAUGUUGGAGGUCCAACCACGGCAGUGCACACAUGUGCUUGGAGAAGCCAAAAAUGGUGAGAACACGCAAAUCCACAAAACACAUGAACAAUAAUAAGCUACUUCGUCAUAUGGAGCGGGGUCAACGGAUAAGGAAAGCACCGUGUAAGCAGAUAGCCAGAGAUUACCUCAAACUCUGGGUUGUGCGUUCUUCGAAGAGGUUGUGGACCUCGAUUUCUGCAUGGCUCAGUGAGGACAAAGCUAGCUAAUGGUUAGCGGCCUUUUCACGGGGUUCUUGGUAGUUUCUCUGGACAGCUCCUGCUGCUUCCAAUUUGUCAUCUUGUUUGUUGCUGCUGGUGGUAACACCAGAGAAUAUUUCAGCUACUUAAGUAU